AUGUUUCUCAAAUAUAUCAUUACAUCACAACCUAUAACUGAGGUCAAAAAUACCAUCAUCAUCACCAGAAAUAGAUGUGAAGAAUACUACAUGCUUGUAUCUGUACCAUUUGAGAAGUUUGAGAACCAAACACCCAUCAGUGGACGGAUAAUAAGCAUAGAUCCAGGAGCACGUACAUUCAUCACAUGUUAUAACCCACAAGUUACACCACAAGCUCGCGUUGUGGUUGGUGAGAAAUUACCAGACCAUCCUGCUUCCGAAAUUCGAAACCUCACAAAUGGUGAUAGUAAGUUGGGUCCCAAAGUAUCACGAACGAUGCUCAGUUGGCGACAUUACACAUUCAAGCAAUUUCUGUUGCACAAGGCAAACGAGUAUUACGAUCGAAACGUAGUGAUCUGUGAAGAAGCGUACACUUCAAAGACUUGCGGAGCAUGUGGUUGGCAAAAUCAACUUUUAAGAAAAAACUGUAGAAUAAAGAUGGAUAGAGAUUUUAAUGGUGCUAGAAAUAUAUUAUUAAAAUAUCUAUCCGAGUCAGUUCUGUUGAUCUGA